UUUUCUGUUACUGAUAUUAAUGAAAAUAAGAUAUGGCAAACAACAAUUCUAUUGUAAUUGAGAAGUUGCAGAAAGAAAUAGAGGAACUAAAGCAGAAACUUACAGAAAAACAAAGAUUAUUAAGCAGUCUCAAAAUAUCUGAGAAUAAGGUGUGCCCAUAUUCUGAUGGUUUGACUACUGAAGAAGUAUCAAGAUAUAGCAGACAAAUGCUUGUGCCAUGUUUUGGUUCGAGAGGACAGAUAAAACUCAAACAAUCUCACGUUUUGAUAGUUGGAGCUGGUGGAUUGGGAUGCCCUGCAGCCCUUUAUCUAGUUGCAGCUGGUAUAGGAACCAUUACGUUAUUAGAUUAUGAUCAAGCCGAUAUCACAAAUUUGCAUCGGCAAAUUUUACAUUCUGAAUAUUCUCUUGGUGUUAAUAAGGUAGAUUCAGCAUGUGAAAAAUUAAGAAGCAUUAACAGCAACGUUGAAAUUAUACCUAUACUGAUGUCAGCAGAUAGCAACUCAUUGAAAAAUCUGUUUGCCAAGAAUAAAUUCGAUGUUGUUCUAGAUGGUAGUGAUAAUGUCGCUACCAGAUAUCUGCUAAAUGAUAUUUGCGUUUUAAAUCAUGUACCUUUGGUAUCUGGAAGCGCCCUCCAGAUGGAAGGUCAACUAACAGUUUAUAACUAUCAAAAUGGGCCUUGCUACAGAUGUCUAUUUCCUGUACCGCCUCCACCACAGACAGUUACAAAUUGUGGAGACGGUGGGGUACUCGGACCAGUAACUGGUACCAUAGGGGUCCUUCAGGCCUUAGAAACUAUAAAAAUUCUGACAGGAAUGGACAAUGUUCUAUCAGGACGUUUAUUGAUAUUCGACGGAUCAGAAACUCAGUUCAGAAAUAUCAAACUUAGGAAUAAGAAAGAAGACUGCGAUGUUUGCGGAAAAAAUCCAACAAUUAAAGAUUUGAUUGAUUAUGAACAAUUUUGUGGAUCUAAAGCGCACGACAAGGUAAUCGAUAUUGAUGUUUUGUCGAACACACAAAACAUCAAUAUUCAACAAUACGUCUCUUUAGGAGAAGACCGAAUAGUGAUAGAUGUACGACCUAAGAUAGAAUAUGAAUUUUGUAAAUUGCCGGGCACUAUAAACAUACCGUAUUCUUAUAUCAUCAAUGAGAAAAACUUACAUGAUUUAACGGAUGUUAUUAAUUCAUACAAGUCGAAAACGUCCACAAUUCAUUUUAUAUGCAGAAGGGGAAAUGAUUCCCAGAGGGUAGUGAACUACUUGAAAAACAUUUACACGGACAAGUCCUUGACUUUAUUGAAUAUUUCCGGCGGUCUUUAUGCUUACUCCAAACAUAUUGACCCAUCAUUUCCGAUCUACUGAAAUAUACUUUCAUACAGAGAGAACAGAAAGGUGGUGUGAACAAAAACUCUGUAGAAGAAAAUACAAAAUAAAAGAUAUAAGCUA